AAAUGGCCGGAGAAGGUGGUAAAGCUGGCGGAAAAGGUGGUGAGGGAGGAAAAGGCGGUGUAGGUGGAGUUGGUGCCGGUAAGGGAGGAGGCGGAGGAUCUAGCUCGGCAGGUGGAGUUGGUUCUGCGAAAGGAAGUGAUGGCAUUGGCGCCGGUUCAGGGAUGAUGAAAGCACCUGGUGGUGGAGGAGCUAAUAUUUACAGGCCGGAAUUUGAAAGCAAUCCUCGAGGAUAUUUUGCUGGAUUGCAUGCUGGAAAGAAGGCCGGAAAAUGA